ACAAGAGAAACUUCAAUGCAGUUCUGACUCCUCAAUGUUCUUCCAGAGUCCAGAUUUCACAGCCGGAUCCACAGAUGGCUUCUGGAGCUUUGAUUCAUGUGUCACAUUACUUGGGCAACCUACAGUUUAGAGUCUGGAAGAAGAUGCAGGACAUCGUCCAAAACACUCCUGUGAUUCUGGAUCCAAACACUGCAAAUCCAUUUCUCAUCCUGUCUGAUGAUCUGACCAGUGUGAGAGAAAACAGGAACAAACAGCCGCUUCCUGAUAAUCCAGAGAGAUUUGACUGUGUUCUGGGUUCAGAGGGUUUUAACUCAGGAACACACUGCUGGGAUGUGGAGGUUAAAGAAACUCUCUUGGAGUAAAUAUCGAUAUUUGAUACCACAGGGAAAACUGCCAUAUAUACUGACAUAAAGAUAUUUUGUUAUUAUCUCACAAUUUUUUGAUAAUUUGGUAAUUAUAUAUAAUAAUAAAAAAACAAAGAUAUGACAU